AUGGCAAUCCUCAACGACGACUUCCUGCACGAACUAGCAGCCCUCGCAGGACCAUACCCGCGGUACAAAUGGUACAUGUCCGCAAUGGUCGCCCUGGGCGCCAUGAACUACCCAGAAGAGAUCCCAAAUCUGUACACCCGACUCCUGGAAUUGUAUAUCCCAAAGGAAGAACACUUCUCAGAAACGCGAAAAAUCCGCGAGGCAUUCACGAAGCUUUCUGGGAUUCAGGGGGCUGCAAAGACUGGCUCAGCCUUACGCCAACUGUACAACGCAACACCAAAAGACCUCAUCGACCCAACGCGCUACCGCAAAGACGACACAGACGAAGUGGCAUUCGCGCGAGGGGAGGAAUUCCACGAGCGCAUAUACGGGCCCAAUCCGAACUACGAUGAGAAUGCGAAUCACCUCGCGGCACCGGAUUAUGAUUAUAUUGUACGGAAUUAUUUCUACGGCCGUAUCUUCUCGUUCGACGGCAUACUAGACGAUAUGGAAACAGGACAGGUUAUAGUUUCGUGUCUUAUUGGGAUUGACUGUAUGCAGCAGCUACGGAAUCAUAUGAAGGGGAUGCAGUACAACGGGGCGCGCAAGGAGGAGGUCGAGAUGAUACGCGAGAUUGUAGUGCGAGUAGCCAGGAAGCUGGAUGUCAGGUUCAAGCCGGGGAAUCCGAUUGCUGUGCCGGAUAUUGAAUAUUAA